AUGAUUUAUAAAAUAAAAAUGGCUGAACAAACACAUGUAUUUCAAGUUGAAAUGACGUGCUCUGGCUGUUCUGGGGCGGUCGAAAGAAUAUUAAAAAAAACGCCCGACAUUAUAUCGUCUAAAAUCGAUUUGGAAAAUAAAAAGGUUGAAGUCACAACAACAAAGAGUCAGAGUGAAAUGGAAGAAAUUUUAAAGAAAAGUGGAAAAGAAGUUAAAUAUAUUGGUGCUACAUAG